AUGUUUACAUUUUCUGAUCAUGAGAUGGUUUUGAUCUUUGGUCUCUUAGGUAACAUUGUCUCAUUCUUGGUGUUCUUAGCUCCAUUGCCAACCUUCUAUUCAAUUUACAAGAAAAAAUCAUCUGAAGGGUUUCAAUCAAUUCCAUAUGUGGUUGCACUUCUUAGUGCAUUAUUGUUGCUAUACUAUGGCUUUCUAAAAACCAAUGCUCUUUUGAUUAUCACAAUCAAUUGUAUUGGAUGUGUUAUAGAACUUGUUUACCUAAUCAUUUUCAUUAUAUAUGCUCCGAAGAAACUCAAGAUAUCAACUUUGGUUAUGAUUCUUGUGGCUGACAUUGGAGGCUUUGGCAUGACAAUGAUAAUCACUUUCUUUGUAGUGAAGAGAUCCUUUCGUGUUCAUGCUGUUGGUUUGAUUUGUGCCAUUUUUAACAUUGCUGUAUUUGCUGCUCCUUUAAGCAUAAUGAGGAAGGUGAUUAAAACAAGAAGUGUUGAGUUCAUGCCAUUUUCCUUGUCAUUGUUUCUCACACUAUGUGCCACCAUGUGGUUUUUCUAUGGACUCUUUGACAAGGAUAACUACAUUAUGAUGCCAAAUGUGUUGGGAUUUCUAUUUGGAAUCUCUCAAAUGAUCUUAUACCUCAUAUACAAGAAUGCUAAGAACAAAGAUGAAGCUAAUUCAACUGAGAAGCAAGAAAAUGGUAUUGGUGAUGAUGGCAAUAAACAGAAUUACAUUUCAGUGGUGGAAAUGAAAGAGAAUAUAGUUUGA